GCCAUGGAGCACAGCCACAUCUUCACCGUGCUGUCCCCCAACUCGAGUUCCUGGAGCCCUCGUGGAUGCCCUCUCGGACAGUUGCCCGUCAUCUUCUACAGUUGUUUGCUUUGCCUCGGCCUGCCAGAGGCAAACAUCCUCACGGUGAUCAUCCUGUCUCAGCUGGUGCUGCGGCGACAGAAGUCAUCAUAUAACUAUCUCCUGGCGCUGGCCAUAGCCGACAUCCUGGUGCUGCUGUUGAUCGUAUUUGUAGACUUCCUCCUGGAGGAUUUCAUUUUGGGAGCUCCUCUGCCCCACUCGCUCAACAAAGCUGUUCAGAUGCUGGAGUUCUCCUCCAUCCACACGUCCAUCUGGAUCACGGUGCCGCUGACCGUGGACCGCUACAUUGCUGUUUGCCAUCCUCUACGCUACCACACUGUCUCCUACCCAGCGCGAACUCGCAAAGUGAUCCUGGCGGUGUAUGCCGGCUGUCUGAUCUCCAGCGUCCCAUAUUACUGGUGGCCGGAACUGUGGCACGGGUUGCCAGGAGCGAACGGUGGUGGCCACAGCACUGUGGGGCAGCACGUGUUGGUGUGGGUCCAUUGUGCGACAGUCUACCUGCUCCCCUGCACAGUUUUCUUCUCACUCAACGCCAUCAUCGUACACAAGCUCCAUUUUCGACGUAGCUGCUUCCGUCUUCGCGGUUACUCCACUGGAAAGACGACGGCUAUCCUGCUGGCCAUUACCUCUGUGUUUGCCAUGCUGUGGGCCCCACGCACACUCAUGAUCCUUUAUCACCUGUACACGGCGCAACCGGCAAUGCCUGGCCCUGCCCGACUGCUGCACCUGGUUACGGAUGUGGCAAACAUGCUUGCGUUGCUCAACACCGGCAUCAACUUCUUCCUCUAUUGCUUUAUCAGCAAGCGCUUCCGCAGGAUGGCCGCCGUGGUGCUAAAGGCAUUUUUCCGAUGUCAGAAGCAACCACCACACUUUUAUGCCAGUCACAACUUCUCGAUCACCAGCAGCCCCUGGAUCUCACCAGCCAGUUCACACUGCAUCAAGAUGCUGGUGUACCAAUAUGAUAAGAACGGCAAACCAGUCUGCAGAUCCUCCUAA